AUGGAGUUGACGGUGGCAAGCAUUAUUACAAAUUUGCUGGUUUUGCUAUUCAGACAUGGUGCUUACUUGGACACAAACAGUUUUUUUCCAGGUGUCCAUUUUAGUUUCUUCCAAACGUUUUCUGAGUUCUUUCCAACUACAUGGAACACGAUCCUGGGGAGGAAACUGGAAUUCUCCAAUACUUCCGGGCCGAUCCAGCAAGCGCCAUCAUGCAAUAAAGAGACUUGUGGGGUGGAAAAUAAAAUACACAUUAGAGAAAUCAAUGUGGUGAUGAAUAGGCUGGGAAUGGUGGGGGGGUUGGAGGAGGAUGAUGGGAGUAAGAGUAUUUUAGGGGCGGAUGAUUUCUUGGCAUUGUUUGAGGAGGAAGAGCCUAGUUUGGAGGAAAUUAAGGAAACUUUCGGGGUGUUUGAUGUAAAUAAAGAUGGGUUUAUUGAUGGGAGUGAGUUGCAAACAGUUCUUUGUAGUUUAGGAUUAGAGUUCCGUUUGGAAGAAUGCAAGAGAAUGAUUGUAGCUUUUGAUGGCAAUGGAGAUGGGUUGAUUGAUUUUCAAGAUUUUCUGAAAUUUAUGGAGAGAUGUCUUUGUUGA